AUGGAUAACAUGUUGACACUAUUACACUGGCUGACUAACCCCAGGCUCAUUAUCAUCGGGAGUAAGACAUUGAUACGACUGUCCACUACUGGGUACACAUACGUGUCGGCAAUCAUGUCCUUUACAUCGGUUGCCAUUGUGGUCAUAAGUCAUAUAAAUAAUUUCAGCUUUUUCUACUCCAACCUCCAGGUCCAAUAUGCGAUUUGCCUCAAAGCCAGUUGUACUCCAAACGAGUACACCGUUCACGACAUUAAUCCGCAAAUCUCUGGCAAACUCUGUGUUAACAUUGGUGGCCGAUAUCAAGAGUCGAGGAUAAUUACCUGGAAUAUAAAAUGUGGUGGUACCUACACCAAUGACCAUGGCUAUAUCUCAACCCCAAACUACCCCCACUCAUACCCGGCUGAUAUAGUGUGUAAAUGGACGAUAACUGUGGGCCCGGAAUAUAGCAUAAAAUUAUUAUUCAAUGAUUUCUAUACAUUUGAAAGUGAUUUCCUCAGUGUAUAUAACGGCGACUCAGAUACCAGUCCUCUCCUAGGGUGUGGGGGUGAGUUAACUGCCAACGAGGUUAUUAGACUUAACACAGAGUUUGCCAGAGAUUUGCGGAUUAAUGUCGUGAACGGUGUACUCGUUUGGAGUACAACUGGCUUUGAGGCAAAUCUAAUGCAAAGUAAUUUAGACGGAAGUAAUGAAACACUAAUGAACACAUGGUUUACCGCAUAUUGGACCUGGAGGUUGGAGUAG